GAACAGUGAGCUCUGGUUGGCUGUCAGAGAAUCAUUAAACACCCACACUGUCAACAGUGAGACCCACAUGGAGGGUAUAUAGGCAGCUGUAUUGUAGCUUAAUUCAACAGACACAAAAUUUCGUCAAGUUGAAAUAUCCCCUCUAUUUUGGGACGACUCUUUUCUAUAUCUAUUGCACGAAGCCGAACAUCUCAAGGGGACCAUGGUUAUGUUGAAGAUCUCUGCUUUCCUUGUUGCCUACGCUCUGAUUAUUUGCCAGAUGUACAGCUCUAAUGCAGCUCCUGCCAGGCCUGCACUGGAAUCAUCACCAGAUCGAACUAUGCUUACCGACUACGAAGCGAGAAGAUUGCUGCACGCAAUCGUCAAAGAAUUCAUGCAGAUGACUGCAGAGGACAUGGAGCAACAAGCAGCUGAAGAAAACAGCCUGGGUAGAGCCGUGUCCAAGCGCUGCUCCAGCCUCAGCACUUGCGUGCUGGGGAAACUGUCCCAGGAGCUGCACAAACUACAGACAUAUCCACGCACCAAUGUAGGAGCAGGCACACCGGGCAAGAAGCGCAGCCUGGAAGCAAGUGAUGUGUUGGCUGGAGAGGCGCUCAAUCGUGUCUAAUCGGCAGCGGCUGUAAACCCGUGCUUGGCCCUGAUAUGCGAGUGCAUGUGGAAGUUUGCUUGCCUGAUUGACUUGAAAGAACAUUUUUUUCUACUUUCUUUGGCAGAGUAGAAAAUAACAGACAGACUCUGUUCCACUAAUUUCAUAUAGUCACUGGAUCUAUUUGGGUUAUAUAACUGAUUCAUGAAAUUGGGUAGCUCUCAUUGGUAGAUAGGGCAUAACGAUGAGCUUUUUUUAACCCACAGCAAAAUUCCUGUCUUGUGUGAUUUGACUUUGUUCUUGAUCUAAUAAAGAUAUUUUUAGAAGGAGAUCUUUCUUGCUUAUUGUUGUUUAAAGCUCAGAAAUGAACAACCAUUUUUAAUUUAAUAAAAAAAUGAUGCAAUCAGGCAUAAGUACCCAUUUUAGGUAAGAUACAUUACUGCAGCCAUUUUUCUUUUUGUCAAAUAUAUUUAAUACAUUCAUUUUCUACAUUUCAAAUUCUUAAUUGUAAUAUGUUGCAUUCAUUGCUUCAAUUAAUAUUUCAAUUCCCAAUAUUUUUCCCCCUCUAGUGUUACGACACAGAAGAGAGCUUGUAACACGGCCACAUGUGUGACCCAUCGCCUGGCAGACUUCCUGAGCCGCUCGGGGGGAA